GAGAGUUUAUAUGCAGGUAGUGCGAAUACAAGGAACACCUUCUGGUUUCUAAUGUUCUUUUAUGUUGUCCUAAGAAUCCAGCUUCUGUUAAGUGCUGUUCUCACCUCUUUGCCUGAUCUCGUUUUAUAAGUGCAUAGCGAGCUAGAGAGGAGCUUUCACCAGAAUCAUGGAUCUCCAGAGAAACGUCUCUGAUAAAGAGAAGAUGCAAGAAAUUGGAGCAGAACUAGAACGUUUGCGUGCCGAAAACAAGGAGCUCAGCCUUUUGCUCCAUUCAAUGAAUCAUAAGUACACCACCCUUCAAGCUCAUGUAGAGAAGAUAAGGGAAGAAAUGGACUGUAUGAAUGAGUCGAGCCAUGACUUGAUCAAGAGACAACCUAUUGAGUCGGUAAAGCCAAAUCUUACACGCAGAUAUUUCAGGACAAAUGAAGAUAGUGCUAGCUUAAUAGUCAAGGAUGGGUACCAUUGGAGGAAGUAUGGACAGAAGAUUACUAAAGAUAAUCCAUCCCCUCGUGCUUAUUUUAGGUGUUCUAUGGCUCCAGAAUGUCAUGUUAAGAAGAAGGUUCAGCGAAGUCCAGAUGAUAAAUCAGUUCUGGUGGCAACAUAUGAAGGAGAACACAACCACCCCUUGCCCGGAGAGCUCGACGGCAUGACAUCAUUACCAAAUAUCUCCAGCACUGGCUUAAUGGUUGGAUUUUCUAGUUCUACAUCCAGGGACCAAUCUCAGCCGGAGGUCACCCUUGGGCUUGCUCUAUGUGGGAGCAAUCAUGAAGCAGUAAGGUCCACGGAGACUCUCAUAAACGAGACCAACAACAAUAAUAAUAUCAUGGAAGAGUGCAUCACACUUUUGAGUGGAGAUCCUAACUUUAGAGUAGCCUUGGCAGCUGCAGUUGCACGCUCAGUUCUCUCUAAUCAUCCAUCAAAUAGCUGAACAUCACGUACCAAUAUAUGUUUUGGUUCAUGAAGGCUUAUAAGUCUCUUCCAUUGUGUAAAAAUAAUCGAAUGUAAAAAAAAAA